CUUCACACUUGCUACUGCUACUCGCAGAGGAGGACAGGAGAAACUAGGACUUUAAGAAAAAGGAAUACAUAACACAAAGAUUGGACAGAGCUUUUAUAGCAUGAACAGACUUACGGUUGCAGUUUUCCUGCUGGCAGUUUGCUUUUCUUUCUGCAAAGGAGUUGUAGGGAACCCCUGCUGCUCAGAGCCAUGCCAGAACAGGGGUGUCUGCACCGCAAUGGGAUCAGAUAACUAUGACUGUGACUGCACACGCACUGGAUAUUAUGGACAAAACUGCACAACGCCUGAAUUUCUCACCUGGAUAAAGAUUUCCCUGAAGCCCACGCCCAACACGGUCCACUACAUCCUGACCCACUUCAAGGGUUUCUGGAACAUCAUCAACAACAUUUCAUUUCUCAGAGAUGCCAUCAUGAAAUACGUGCUCACUUCUCGAUCCCAUAUGAUCGACAGUCCUCCCACUUAUAAUGCGGAUUAUGGAUAUAAAAGCUGGGAAGCCUAUUCCAACCUGUCUUACUAUACUCGUGCUCUUCCUCCUGUUCCGGAGGACUGCCCAACCCCUAUGGGAGUAGUUGGUAAAAAGGAGCUACCUGAUGUUAAGGUUUUGGCUGAGAAGCUCUUGGUAAGGAGACGGUUUAUUCCAGACCCACAAGGUACCAGCUUGAUGUUUGCGUUUUUCGCGCAGCACUUCACACACCAGUUCUUCAAGUCUGAUAUGAAGAACGGACCUGCUUUUACAGUGGCUAAAGGCCAUGGGGUGGAUCUCGGACACAUUUAUGGUGACAACCUGGAGAAACAACACAAGCUCAGGCUUUUUAAGGAUGGCAAGCUUAAAUAUCAGACGCUAAAUGGUGAGGUGUACCCCCCAUUGGUUAAGGAUGUUGGUGUCGAAAUGCACUACCCGCCACACGUCGCAGACUCUCAGCGCUUUGCUGUUGGCCACGAGGCGUUUGGCCUGGUACCUGGCCUCAUGAUGUACGCCACCAUCUGGCUCCGUGAACACAAUCGAGUGUGCGACGUUUUGAAGGAAGUUCAUCCCGACUGGGAUGACGAAAGACUCUUCCAGACGACUCGGCUCAUUCUUAUUGGCGAGACCAUCAAGAUUGUGAUCGAGGACUAUGUGCAGCACCUGAGUGGAUAUCACUUCAAACUCAAAUUUGACCCAGAGCUGCUCUUCAACCAGCGCUUCCAGUACCAAAACCGCAUCGCAUCCGAGUUCAACACCCUGUACCACUGGCACCCGCUGAUGCCUGACAGUUUCCACAUCGAGGAGAGGGAUUACAGCUACAAAGAGUUUGUCUUCAACACCUCUGUGAUGACUGAGCACGGCAUCGGGGGCCUGGUGGAUUCAUUUACCAAGCAGAUUGCAGGACGGGUUGCUGGUGGUCGCAAUGUCCCAGGACCCAUCUUGUAUGUCGCCAUCAAGUCCAUUGAGAACAGCAGACAAAUGCGUUACCAAUCCCUCAAUGCCUACAGGAAGAGAUUCUCCAUGCAGCCCUACACCUCAUUUGAAGACAUGACAGGAGACAAAGAAAUGGCCGCCAUUCUGGAGGAGCUGUACGGUGACGUCGACGCCGUGGAGCUCUACCCGGGCCUCCUGGUGGAGAAGCCCCGGCAGAACGGCAUCUUUGGGGAGACAAUGGUGGAGAUGGGGGCUCCCUUCUCCCUGAAAGGCCUGAUGGGGAAUCCCAUUUGCUCCCCAGAGUACUGGAAGCCCAGCACCUUUGGAGGCAAAGCCGGGUUCGACAUUAUCAACACAGCCUCCCUACAGAGGCUAGUCUGCAACAACGUACGAGGUCCCUGUCCAGUGGCAUCCUUUAAUGUACCCGACGUCAAAGAGACCGGAUCUAUGACCAUCAACUCGAGCACAUCGCACUCGCGGGGCAGCAACAUAAAUCCCACAGUCAUUCUUAAAGAAAGGACUUCUGAGCUCUAAAUACUGCGUUUAAAUGAAAAGAUUGUAUUUAUUAUUUAUUUAUUAAUUUAUUUUUGUAUUUAUUCCUCUGUUAUAUUUAUAGAUUUCUUUUAAAGGUUUGAUUUUAUGAGAUGUUGUAUGUGUAUGUAUGUUUGUGACUGUCUCUGCUGGUUUGUUAAUUUAUUAAAUUACCAAAUAAGUUAUUAUUUUGAUGAACAGAUACAUUGUAACAUAAUACUUGAAGUUUUAGACUGUCAGCUACAGAAUUCAAAUUCAUUACAUUCCUAUUGCUUCCUUAGAAAGAUUCCUGUAUUUCCAUUUAUGUUUGCACAUGUAGGCCUACAACUGGAAGAUUUGCAAAGCAACACUGCUACAGUAUACUGGUGACGCUCACAAUGACUUAGGUCUGAUUUAGUAUACAGCAAUGUGCAUUCCUGUUUUUUAUACUGGUGUACAGGUUUUUUUUUUCUUAAAAAGAAAACUUUGAAUAUCAGUAUCUAGAUCUAAACUGCAUCUUGAGUGAAUUGUUGUCUAAGAUGAAUUGUGUGAUAUGAUGGUAAUGUGCAGAAUGAGAUCAUUUCUUGUUUCAAUUUAAUAAAAGCUGACAGGAUUGGCCCUUUUUUCAGAAAGAAAAUUGUCUUUUGUUAUUUUGGAUUACAUUUCCCUGCUUCCUUUCUGUCUAAUUCAAAUGUAAAGCACAUUUUAAAUUCUCCUGUUCUUUCAUUUUUUAGGCCUAUUCUUUGUUGUUAAAUGUAUUAUUUAGCCCAUAAAUUAAUAAAGAUAAAGCACAUACUUUGCUAUUGUGCUAACUUUGA